AUGAAGGAGUAUGAUAAACUUAAUCAUAUGAGUGUCGUAAAAUCUGAAGAUGUCCAUAAGGUCCCACACUAUUAUUUGCCUCAUCAUGGUGUGGUCAAUGAAAAUAGCACCACCACGAAAUUACGCGUAGUGUUCGAUGCCUUAGCUAGAACGUCUAAUCAAAAUUCUCUAAAUGACAUUCUUCUUACUGGACCUAAACUUCAGAAUCACAUAUUUUGCAAUUUGAUAACAUUUCGUUCCUGUCCCGUUGCUUUUGUGGCUGACAUCGCCAAAAUGUAUCGUCAGAUUCGUAUUGUUGAGCAAGAUCAAGAUUAUCAAAGAAUAGUGUGGAGGAAUAAUCAAGAUGAACCUCUAAAAAUAUUUCGUCUUAACACAGUGACAUACGGUACGUCAGCAGCGCCAUUCUUAGCUCUACGUACCCUCCAUCAACUAUGUGACGACGAAAAGGAAAAUUUUCCAAUUGCGUCAAAAUUAUCGCGUACUCAUUUUUAUGUCGACGACUUAUUGCAUCUGUUGGAGAAGCAAGAUCCAUAA